AUGAUUGUUUCUGCUGAAAGGAGCUUGAAGCUAGAAGCUUUAUCAAAUAAUGCAACUGGGAUUUCAAAUUCUGAUUCUGAACCAGAUGAGUCUACAAAUUUGGUGAAUUUCAUAUGGCAAGCCAAUAAAUCUGGUUACGAGCAUGUUUGGCCGGAUCUGAAGUUCAGUUGGAAAAUUGUCGUUGGUAGCAUAAUUGGAUUCUUUGGAGCGGCCUUUGGGAGUGUAGGUGGUGUUGGCGGUGGUGGUAUAUUCGUUCCUAUGCUUAGUCUGAUUAUUGGAUUUGACCCAAAAUCAUCGACUGCUAUCUCAAAAUGUAUGAUCAUGGGAGCAUCGGUUUCAACCGUUUGCUUCAAUCUUAAGCUCAGGCAUCCCACACUUGACAUGCCCAUAAUUGACUAUGAUUUGGCUGUUCUAAUGCAACCAAUGCUUAUGCUCGGCAUUAGUAUUGGAGUGGCUUUCAAUGUGAUAUUUGCUGAUUGGAUGGUUACUGUUCUUCUAAUCAUUCUCUUCAUAGGUACAUCGACCAAGGCCUUUUUCAGAGGUGUUGAAACAUGGAAGAAAGAAACCAUCAUGAAAAAGGAGGCUGCAAGGCGAUUGGACAGAAAUGGCGAUGGUGAAGAUGAAGCAGGAUAUGAGCUUCUUCCUGGUGGCCCCUACAAUGGCAUGGGAACAGAAGCUAAAGACUUUGUCGAACAAGAGGUGAGCUUUCAUGAACAUGUUUAUUGGAAGGAAUUUGGGCUUCUCGUUUUCGUGUGGGUUGCAUUUCUUGCUCUGCAGAUCAUCAAGAAUUGUACAGCCGCAUGUUCAGCAGGAUACUGGGUUGUGAACUUGCUCCAGAUACCAGUCACUCUUGGCAUAUCUGGUUAUGAAGCGAUUAGCCUGUACAACGGAUCAAGAAAAAUUGAGUCCAAGGGAGAUGCUGGCACCAACUUUACAGUGCACCAACUAAUCUGCUAUUGCUUCUUCGGAGUAUUGGCUGGUAUGGUCGGGGGCCUUCUCGGUCUAGGCGGUGGAUUUAUCAUGGGCCCGCUAUUUUUGGAGUUUGGCGUACCUCCUCAGGUUUCAAGUGCAACGGCCACCUUUGUGAUGAUGUUUUCCUCAUCAAUGUCAGUGGUAGAGUAUUACCUUCUAAAACGAUUUCCAGUUCCUUAUGCUUUUUACUUUGUUGUGGUUGCGACUGUCGCUGCGUUUACUGGACAACACUUUGUAAGCAAGUUCAUCAUUAUGAUGGGAAGGGCGUCGAUUAUAAUCUUCAUCCUAGCAUCUACAAUAUUUGUUAGUGCCAUCUCUCUAGGUGGAGUUGGUAUUUCAAACAUGAUUGGAAAGAUGGAGCGGAAUGAGUACAUGGGUUUCGAGAACCUAUGCAAGUAUGAUGUCUAG